AUGUCUGAUGGGAAUGCUGAGAUCAGCACCCCAAGGCGGAGCCAGCGCUUGCGCUCUGCUCUCCAAGAAGGUCGCGCUGGCUUCAGUUCUGUGCUGAAGAGUGCUUCUUCGACUGAAGCCAAGCAGUGCGGUGCGUGCCUGCUGGAGAUUGACACGGUCAGCAGAGAUGGCGAAUUCGUGGCCAUUCUGGACGCUUGCCAGCCAGCACACUUCUUCCACGUGAGGUGCAUUUCCACCUGGGCCGCGCAGGAGAACACCUGCCCUUUGUGCAAGCAUCGUUUUGGCCGCAUUGGGAUUUAUGGCGUUGAUGGGGAAUUGCGACGAGUCUCCAUUGUCGAGGAACGCGAUCAACAUGAGGGCGAGCAGAACGAAAGCGACGAAGAUGAGCCUGUCUGCAGCGUAUGCCAACGGUCUGACGAUGACGAUGCCCUUCUUCUGUGUGAUGGACAACAUGGGCGAUGCAGCGGAGCUGCACACUUCUACUGCAUAGGGCUGCCGGGGGUUCCCGAGGGCGACUGGUUCUGCUUGCGCUGCCAGGAGCUUCCCCUGGUAGAUGCCCUGGGUUCUCAGCCAAGCACCCAGCUGGAUCCCCAGCCAGAUUCCCAGCUGGCAUUGCUGUCGGAGCAGAAAGCACAGCAUUCGGAGCAGCAGAAGGCAGAGCCCAAAUCAGAGCGGAAGGUGGCGCCCAAGGCAGAGCCGAAGGUGGCGCCAAAAGAGCGGAAGUUGGCGCCCAAAGCAGAGCCAAAGCCAAAGGCAAAGCCAGAGCCUGAAAUCGAGAUGCGCGUUACACCACCAAAACGUCGGCGGGAGUCGGAAAGAGGGCGAGAGCCGAAGCGUGUGAAGGAAGAGAAGGAAGUGAAGGAAGAGAAAGAAAGGAACGAGAGCCAUGGCGGCCCUCGGCCUCGGAAGGAUUCGAAUUGGAUCACCUGGACAGGUUCUUGCCUGCACGUGGAGCUGGGAGGGCGGCGCAUCAAAGACAAGGCUGCUGCGGCAGUGGGCAAGCUGGUGAGCUCCGCCCUGGAAAAGGCCAAUGCGAAGAAUGCGAAGAAUGCGAGCGCCGAUGGCCCCAAUGGCGCGAGCGUGGAUGUGGCGCUGAAUUUGGUGGGCAAUCGCUUGGGCAGCGAGGGCCUUGCAGCCCUGCUGGAGGCGGUGCAGAGCGCCGGGAGCCGCGUGUCCUAUCUGAACCUCGAGUGGAAUCGACUGAACGCGGCUGCGGCGAAGUGGCUGGCCACUCUGCGCCAGCCUGGCGGGCCACCUCAGCUGUUGCUGUCCCACAACCGGCUCGGCUCAUCCGCACUGCACCUGUUUCAGAGCUGGGGAGAGCAGUGGCGUCCCGGAAUGCCACCCCUUUGGAUCGAGGCCAAGCACAUUGGCAUUUGGGACCUGGAUGCUUUCCUGGAGCAGCUGUCCCAGCACUGCACCAUCUGCUUGGCCUUGGACCGGGACGUUUGCGGCCCCUCGAAAUGCGCUUCAAUGGCUGCGCUGCACCUCUUCGGGAUCUCGGAGCAAGAGUCCCCAGAGCCUGACGCCGAAGAAGAGUGUCCUGCUGUGUGCGAGGUGGCUAAACAGCGCAAAAUAGCCUCGGCGCUGGCACUCGUGCCGCAACGCUUAAGACUGCCGGAGCUGAAGGAGGAAGAGGAAGAUUUUGCGCAGGUGCUGAAGAAGCAGGCGAAAGCCGAACAGGAAGAGAAGACAGAUAAGAAGGUCAAGGUCUUCGCAGACCCCUACGAAGAGGAGCGCCAGCAACGGCGCGCUUGGGCCACCUCCUUGGGCAAGUUCGGGGUGAUUGAUCCGCCCGAGCAAGAUCUCCCUGCGCCGGCUCCUAGCUGUGGGAUGUGGGACUUGGUGCGUGCAGAGGCCAAGAAGAGACAGGCGCAAGCGGCCCCGGCGACCUCUCGGAGUGGGUCCUUUCAGAGCAGCUCCAAGGAGUCUCUUUCCCAAAGCCCUGCGGAAGGCGAGCAAGGCAAGCAAGGCAAGCAGCUCAGAAGAGCGGCGUCCUGGGAUGAGUGCAAGGCUUUGAAGGCGGUGGUGGAGCUUCGCGUGCGCCGCUCCGACCUUUGGGCUGCACUCACCAUCACGGAAUCUGAGAAGCGGCUGCGGAGCAGGUGUUUAGUAGAAGAGCUUUGCAAGCAGGUGUGGCAGCAGUACUCCAAGGUGGCAACGUCUUCGGCCGGAAGCUGGGAAGGCUACUUGAAGACGUCACUGGGCCAUCAGCGGGUGCACCAAUGGCUCGACAAGAAGCUGCAAGGGGCGGUAGAUGCGUGCAGGAGAGUGUAA